AUGAGACCACAUGUGUUUAAACUCCUUCUGAUGCUUCUCUUGGGCUCGGACCCAUCGGAGUGUCUCACACCAGUAGACCAACAGGAUAACGUUUCGCCCCCUUCCGUGCGCCUCACAAACGGAACCUUCGUAGGCGUGCGGAACAAACACUAUGCGCAGGACUUCUUUCUAGGUAUCCCAUAUGCGCAGCCUCCUAUCGGGUCCCUCCGCUACGCACCCCCUCAACCGCUCAACGAGUCAUUUGAAGAACCGGUGUCUGCCACUGAGUAUGGCUGGAUGUGCAUUGGAUACGGCUCCGAUACCUCGAAUCUCGGAAAUCCGGUUUCAGAGGACUGCUUGACGAUCAACAUUGUCCGCCCAGCCGGAACGAAGCCAGGAGACGAUCUUCCCGUCGGACUUUGGAUUCACGGUGGUAGCUAUGUUAACGGCGGUUCUCGCGACCCUAGAUACAACCUCAGCUACAUUGUCGACCAGUCCGUCCAGGAGAACAAGCCCAUAAUCGCAGCUUCCAUCAACUAUCGUCUCUCAUAUUGGGGGUUUCUCUUCAGUCGAGAACUGCAAGAUAGCAAGGCAGGCAACAUCGGAUUCAAAGACCAACGCUUAGCAUUGCGAUGGAUUCAAGAAAACAUAUUUCCUUUCGGCGGCAGUGCUGACAAGGUGACUGUCUGGGGCGAGUCCGCUGGGGCACGAUCCAUUGGAAUGCAGCUCAUUGCCUAUGACGGUAAGCAUGACAACCUGUUCCGAAGCGCCAUCCUCGAAAGUGGCAGCCCAGUCGCCAGAUUCGUCAAUGCGGAUGCUUGGCAGCCUUACUUCAAUGCUCUCUUACGGAAGACGGGAUGCGCCGACGGCGGUUCGGCUGCGCGGAUAAGCUGCCUGCAAGCACUGCCAUGGCAAACUCUCAAUGGGAUCUUCAACGGCUCAAACCCCUUAGGUGUCACUGCUCCCGGGAUUAGCGCUGUCGUGGACGGCGACUUCAUCACGGCUCAAGCGUCGACCCUGCUGCGACAAGGCAAAUUUGCCUCCGUUCCGCUUCUUCUUGGGAACAAUUUUGACGAAGGUACCGCGUACUCAAAGCAGGGUAUCAACACUACGGAAGAGUUUGAAACAUGGCUCGCAAGCAGUUUUAAGGUUAAUACUAUUCAGAUUGACGCCAUCUCGGAGUUGUAUGUAGACGACCCGAAUGUUGGCAUCCCCGCACCGUACCCAGGUCGUCCUUCUGGGGAGCUCGCCCCCUUUGGUUCUCAAUGGAAACGCGUAGCGGCGGUUGCAGGAGACUACCAACAACAUAGCGGUAGACGGCUCCUUGCAAGAUCCUAUGCCGGGGCCGGAUUGCCAGUGUACUCGUACAUGUGGGAUGUCUAUGUAAACGGCAUCGAGCCUAUCUAUGGCGCUACGCACUUUCAGGAGGUCGCAUUCGUGUUCAACAACGUCCGGGGGCUUGGUUACGCCACCAACCCAUUUGAGGGGAAACCCCAGCCUUAUAUCGAGCUGGCUGGCCUCAUGAGCAGCAUGUGGGUUGCUUUCAUUCACAACAACGAUCCGAAUGUUUUCGAUGACCAGAGAAUGAACGGCGCCACUUGGCCACUAUACACGCCUGGGCAGCCGCAUAACCUGGUAUUUGAUGCCAAUUACACUACCUUGAGAUAUCUUGCACGGGAUGACUAUCGGGAAGCACAGAUCACUUACAUGCAAGAAAGUGUGUUUUAG